AUGGCGUGGCCCUGCAUCAGCAGGGCGUGCUGCAUGUCCCGCUUCUGGAACCAGCUGGACAAGGCUGACAUUGCGGUGCCUUUGGUCUUCACCAAGUACACGGACGUCUCUGAGAUGCAGCACAUACAGCUGCAGCCUCCGCAGGCCCGGGUCACCAUAGAAACGCAGCCGUCUCGCGCUGAGUCCAGCGCCAACACGGCACGCGCGCCGCGAAGGUGCGUCUCCGAAGAGCGCGUGUGUAGCUCGGUGAUGCGCGAGGACUUUAAGCAUUGGAGAGUGCGACCCGAACCCAGCUGUAAACCCAAGAACGAGUACCACGGACCUGAAACACCGUUCAACAGCGAAACCCAGUACCAGAAGGACUACAAGCCCUGGCCCAUCCCAAAACGGUACGACCAUCCCUGGAUAAACAAACCUCCUCCAAACACCUCCGCAGGUGAUGAGCGGGCACCGGAGAGGUCCAGGCACGUCAAACAGCAAGUGGCGGAUGCUGAUCCCGGAGUGGAGAAGAGCGCCAUCGCUGACAAGGUGCAGGAGAAAGACCUGGUCCAGACGCAGGAGAGGAAAAAGCGGUCCAGUAAAGCAGCGGAGGGGGAGAAGAAAGUUGUCCUGAAGGUGGAGGGAGAGGGCAAAGGCAGGGCAGCGGCUGAUGCUGUGAACAGACAGAUCAAACAGGAGAUUACAGGCGGGAGCUCAUACAAUACUGAAUUCAAGGCUUACAGAGAUGUGAAGCCGGCAAAGAUGAUCCGGGCCAAGUCCCAGUACCUGCCACCGGAUGGGAAAACCAGUCUAGAGACCAGCUACAGCGCUACCUUCAAGGGGCAAGCUCCUCUGCAGCCGUCUGACAACAAGGCCAUGGAGAGGAGGAGGAUACGCAGUUUGUACAGCGAGCCUUACAUAGACCCUUCCAAACAGGUUGACAGGUAUAGUGCCCCUCGCUCUAAACCCAAAAAGGCUGGAGCCACAGCGGCAGGCCAGGGCAAACCAGGGAAGAAAGCCAAAGAUAAGCAGAGCGCCGGGCAGAGGGGCUCCAAGAAGACCACCUCGGAGAACCAGAGCGAGAACCGGCCGGCGGUGGGGGACAAGGAGAAAAGUAAAGAGAUGAACAACAAACUGGCUGAAGCAAAAGAGGUUGUGCUAAAACAGUACCACUACAUACAACUCUGCCAGCCAAUCCGAGAUAUUGGCUGGGUGCAGACUCUAAAGCAACAUCUGUGGGGCUGUGCACUACCCAAUCCCAGAGAUGCUAAUGACGAGGUUCUCCGACCCAGUCAUCAUCAUUCCCCGGGUGCUUCUGGAGGAGAACCACAGCCACCGAUGGACAUGCCCGAACCUCGGAGGAGCGGCGGAGUCGUACGCUUUGCUCUAGAUAUGAACCAGACUGAGUAG